AUGAGAUUGGCCAAGCAGCAAAUGCUUUUCUGGAAGUCGAAAGACGACGAAGACAGCAAUCUGAAAACAUUCGGAAGCAACAACAAAAAUAGGCCAACAGCCUCCAGAAACGACAACGAUAAUCACAAUGAGUGGAUGGACUUCGUGGAGGACUACAAGAGAAAAACCUCUGCCGCACCUCCCGCCAAGGUGGUCCUGUUCGUGGGCAGUGUUCGCGUCGGCCGGAUGGCCGAGCGCCUCAAGAUCUACGUCGCGGGACAGCUGCAGAAGAGAGGACACAAGGUGAUCAUCAUAGAUCCAGAAGAGGAACAGAACCUGCUGCAGGUGCGGAAGCCGGUCCACUUCCACGGCCCGGACGAGACGCUUCCGCAGUGGCUGGCAGCGCUGCACGAGCACGUGGUAGCGGCCGACGCCUAUGUGGUACUCUGCCCCGAGUACAACCGCUGCAUCUCCCCCACCCUCGCCAGCGCUAUGGACCAGUUCCCUCCAGAUUCGUACCGCCACAAGCCGUGCGGCGUGGUCGCCUACAGCGUCGGCAACGGGGCAGGCCUGGUGGCUGCGGCGCAGUUGCGGAGUUUCCUGGGACAGCUCGGCAUGAUCACGCUGCCCUUUAGUAGCGUCAAUGCCAAGAUACAAAAGUCGCUUUCCGAGGACGGCACCCUGCUCGACGAGGAGUUCGCCAGGGGAAUCAACAAGAUGCUCGGCGAACUCGAGUGGUACUGCACCGCGCUUAGGAACCACAAGGACGUGUGCGGACUACCAUCCUAGCAGGAUAGUUAUACUUUG